AUCACACCUCAGACCCCACCUCCAUUUGCUUCGCCCUGGAGCUUCCUUCCUACAAUCCGUGAAGUGUACACAAACCCCCAUGAACCCCAUGAGAAGAUAGUCUGUGACCUCGAUUGCGCGACUUCCACGAGCGAGAGCGCUCUCAAUUCUCCUGUCUUGUGCUCUUGCCAUCCAGGAUCUGCCCAUCAUGACGCAAACACCGAUGUUAUCAGUGCCUCUUAAGGCCACCAGCGAGAUUGACUGGAUCACACCCCUCAAGAAAUACAUCCGAGACACAUAUGGAGAUGACCCUGAACGUUACGCCGAAGAAUGCGCUACUCUCAACCGGCUACGACAGGACAUGAGGGGUGCUGGGAAAGACAGUACUGCCGGGAGGGAUCUGUUGUACAGGUACUACGGCCAACUGGAGCUGCUAGACCUGCGCUUCCCCGUCGAUGAGCACCAUAUCAAGAUCUCCUUUACAUGGUUUGACGCCUUUACUCAUAAGUCAACCUCACAAUACUCGUUAGCGUUUGAAAAGGCCUCCAUCAUAUUCAACAUCUCCGCCGUCUUGUCUUGCCAUGCCGCCGUACAAGCCCGCUCCGAAGAGGCUGGCCUCAAGAUGGCAUAUCACUCCUUCCAAGCUUCUGCUGGCAUGUUCACCUACAUAAACGAGAAUUUCCUGCAUGCGCCCUCUUCAGACCUGAGCAGGGAUACUGUCAAGACUUUGAUAGCGAUCAUGUUGGCACAGGCUCAGGAGGUUUUUUUGGAGAAGCAAGUUGCGGACCAAAAGAAAGUGGGCAUGCUAGCAAAGCUGUCAAGCCAAGCUGCUUAUUUAUACCGAGAAGCGCUCGAAGGUGUUCAAGAUAACGUGAAUAACGCUAUUUUUGAAAAAAUCUGGCUUCUUUUCACCCAGAUCAAAGCCAGCCUGAUGAGCGCCAACGCACAGUAUUAUCAGGCUUUAGCAGACGAAGACGCGAACUCAUACGGCGUUGCUGUUGCGAGAUUAACGGCAGCUGAAGUACAAGCGAAAGAGGCCAACAAGUUGGCUAGCAGUUUUCCCAGCACACCAUCACCCACUUCUAAUCUCAGCUCAGAUACGGGACCGAUACUUGCUGAUAUUACGAAACGAAACUUGACAACGAUACAAGAAAAGUUGAAAUCCCUAAUAAAGGAUAACGACUAUAUCUAUCAUCAACCAGUGCCCACGGAGGCGAGCUUGGUCGUGGUACCAAAGUUACCAGCCGCAAAACCAAUACCUGUGAAUGAAUUGUAUGCUGGCCAAGACAUACAGCGAAUUACGGGCCCAGAUCUAUUUGCCAAAAUUGUUCCUUUGGCUGUAACUGAAUCCGCAAGCUUGUAUGAUGAGGAGAAGGCAAAACUUGUACGCGCGGAGACCGAGAGAGUAGAUUCAGCCAAUAGCGAAAUGGCAGCAAGCUUAGACUAUCUCAGGCUGCCCGGUGCUUUGCAAGUGCUGAAAGGCGGAAUCGACCAAGAUAUACUGCCUGACGAAGACUUUAGGACUUGGUGUGACGACGUUGCAGGACAUGAGAACCCAAUAUCGAUAUUCGACACUUUGGGCAUAGACAAGGAGGCGAUCAUGACAGUCUUGGACCGGUGCUCCAAACAGUUGGACAUGGAGGAGAGUGUUUGUGAGAAGAUGAGAUCAAAAUAUGAAGGGGAAUGGACACAACAACCUAGCUCACGGCUCACAGCAACUUUGAGAGGGAAUAUACGGAAUUAUAAGGAGGCAUUAGACGAAGCCGCGAGGAGUGACGGCCAACUAUACGCGAAAUUCAGACAGAAUGAAACUGACAUUGAGCAGAUGCGACAAGCGGCCCAGCUCGGUGAGGUUGAUGCCCUUUUCCAAAACGCAGUCCGCAAAAUUAGAGUCAAAUCAAGUAACGCCAACAGCCCGGCUACUGAGCAGCCCAAUCUACUGGAUGCCGACUUCGAUGAUAGUAGUUUAAGUGUUGCGCAACAAAUCAGUCGAGUAGAGGAUAUCCUCAAAAAGCUGAAUCUUGUUAAGAGAGAACGUAACCAAGUGCUGAAAGAUCUCAAAGAAAAGGUUCAUAAUGACGAUAUUUCUCAAAUAUUGAUUUUGAAUAAAAAAGCGAUAUCGACUUAUGAAAGCGAGUUGUUCCAAUCCGAGCUAGAGAAGUUUCGGCCACACCAAAAUCGUCUUUUGCAAGCGAAUCACAAGCAAUCCGCGCUGAUGAAAGAGUUGACCGCAUCGUUUAACAGCCUUCUCCAGGAUAAGCGUGUGCGUGCAGAGCAAAGCAAAUAUGAGUCUAUCCAGAGGCAAAGAAACUCUGUAGUCAAUAGAUAUAAAAGGGCAUACCAAGAGUUUCUAGAACUUGAGUCCGGCUUACAAAGCGCGAAGAAUUGGUACCGCGAGAUGAAGGAAACUGUGGAGAGCCUCGAGAAGAACGUUGAGACAUUCGUUAAUAACAGGAGAUCGGAAGGAGCCCAGUUACUCAACCAAAUAGAGCAGGAAAAGGCCGCGAACAAAAGUUCACAAGCUGAGGUAGAGCGUGAAAGACUACGAGGACUGAUGGAGCGUAUGUCCGUCGACCCUAGUCACUCCUCCCCGUCGCCCAACCCGGCAUCAUCACGUCCAACACCCACGCCGCUCUCCUUCAACAGUACUCCCCGGUACCCCCAGACCAACUUUGCCGGCCACUACCAGGUUCCAAGCUCGCCUCCUCCAAAUCAAGCCAACUACCCCAGCUUCUCUAAUCCGCCACCGAACAGCACUUUUAUAUCCGGGUCCCAACAAUCCUACACUCCAAACCCGCAACAAAGUAAUCAACAAUAUGGACAAGCUACCUACAAUCCUAGUAACUGGGGACGUAAUCCUGGGCCGGUAUCCCCUCCCGCAACGCAAACCAGCUUUGGACUCAGCGGUUCCAGUAGAGGACCAGCUUCGCCACCACCGAAUCAGACAUCAUUCGCCUCCAACCAAUAUAGCACCUACGGAAAUCCCCAAGGACAGCAGCCUCAGCAGUUCGUCCCCCAUGGUUUUGUGCCGCCUCCACCUCCACCUGGCCCACCUCCCUUAGGACCACAACAGACUAUCCACUACCCUCAACACCAACAAGAGUAUCAGUAUGGCGGGCCACAAAGUACCGGCGCAAAUAAUGCGGCUCCCAGACUCGCCCAGCAGCAGCAACAACAACAACAGCAGCAGCAGCAGCAAGCACACGAUCCAUGGGCUGGCCUUAAUGCGUGGAGAUAAGGGCAAGGUUUCUUCUUCCCAGAAGCGAGGACAUGGUAAGGGUCGGCAGGGAAGAGUUAAAGUUAAAAGUAUGAGGAUUAUCUUAGACAGGACGUCAAAAGGAGCAUCUACUAUCUGAUCCAAGCUAUGGUCUUGAUAAAGAUUUUGGCGUCGUUUGAUUUUUGAGGCGAUCGAUGAAGAGGUAUUAAACCGCUGUUACAAUUAAAGUUAUCAAACUCUCGGGGCGUAGGGCUCCGUCCGUCUUAUAUAACUAAAGCUUCUACCCCUCACAUCAUUGGCAAAAGAGCUCAGGUGCUUGUAAAUAUGGCGUGCACUUGUAUGCUAGUGGUUGUAGCUUAGUCUUGGGCAAAUAUGAUUUGUCUCGCGCUCCAGAGGAGAACAGCUCAAACAAUAUGAUCAUCUUGAUCUCAUGUUAUUUGGCCCUUGAUACA